GAUAUAUUUUUGACAACCCUAGCCAAAGUGUCGUCAAUAUUUUGCAAAUUCAGUAAAGCGGCAAAAGGUGGGCAAUGAAUAAAAUAUGCAGAGUUUGCAUGGGAACGGCUGGAGCAUUCACAAACAUAUUCGACGAGCCACAAAAAUGGGACACUUGCGUUGCUGACAUGAUAUCGGAGUGUACAGGAUACGUGGUGAGGCGAGGCGAUUCACUACCAGAAAGCAUAUGUCCGCCUUGCCUUGAGGAUGCAGUGAGUGCAUUCAUUCUUAAGACCACCUGCGAGCAGAGCCAUGAAUUAAUGGAGGAGCUUAAAGAAGAAGAAAUCUGUAUCGAAGACGAGGACUGGGAACCAUCAGAUUGUGAAAGCGAGCAGUCAAACAAUUUUGAAGCCGAUGCAAAGGCUCAAGUUGAGAAGGAUGUCGAUCUUCUGUUUAAAUGUACUCUUUGUCCAAAGAGCUUUUCGCAAAAGGGUAAUCUAACCAGACACAUGAAAUUGCAUACGGGUGAACGCCCCUAUCAAUGCUCACACUGCUCCAAGUCCUUCUUAUAUGGGAACGAUCUUGAAUCACAUAACCGAACUCACACAGGUGACCGGCCAUACCACUGCUCUUACUGCUCAAAGUCAUUUAAACAAAAAGGCCAACUCAACGGUCACCUCCGUACUCACACGGGGGAGCGACCAUUUAAGUGUUCCCACUGUUCGAAGUCAUUUAGGCAAAAUGACGAACUCAAAAAACACAUCCGCACACAUACUGGAGAGCGACCAUUUAAGUGCGCCCACUGCUCGAAGUGUUUUUCGUUCUCUGGAUCUCUAUGGGUUCACACCCGUACGCACACGGGUGAACGACCCUACCAAUGUUCCCACUGCCCAAAGUCCUUUACACAAAAAUCCAAUCAUGAUACACACACACGUACUCACACGGUGGACCGAGCCUUCCAAUGUUCCUACUGCUCAAAGUCCUUUAUGAAAAGUUCCGAUCUCCAAGCACACAUUUGUACUCACACUGGGGAGCAUCCGUACAAGUGCUCCUUCUGCUCAAAGGGAUUUAUUCACAACUCGUCUCUGAAAAGACACACCCUCACUCAUACGGAAGAAGAGCGUUCAAGGGUACCCGAUGCUUAAAUUCGUUUCUGCAUUCCGUCAUUCGACGAGCUGACAUCCCUAAGAGUCCUGAAGUAAAGUAUGGCAUGGCACUACGAGCUCUUACACUGCAGAUCGAGAUCUCUAGGAUCUUUGAACUUGCCGACAGAGGUAAGAACGAGCGAUGUGGGAUCGAUCACUACUUCAGGCACAGCACACUUUUCAGCCCAAUACGAGUGAAUAAGUGCAACUCUUCAAAUGGGGGAACAAUGCAAAUUCACUGACGAAACAACUGAAAUGUGUAC